CGCGUCAUCAACUGUCAGCUGUCAUUCAGUCGUUGAGUUCUCUUCACAAGUGUAGGCAAAAAUGGCGAGUCGUGGUCAAAAUCGUCGUCCGGCCCAGGAAGUGGAUAAUACCAUCUCGUACGUGCAGUGCGAUGGCCUGGCCGCCAUGAAGAUGGUCAAGCACUGCCACGAGGAGUCGCUGAGCAACAUGGAGGUGGCGCAGGGUGCCCUGCUCGGUCUGGUCGUGGACGAUCGGCUCGAGAUCACCAACUGCUUCCCGUUCCCGAAGUCGUCGGACGAGACGAUCGACGAGGAGGAGUACCAGCUGAACAUGAUGCGCCGGCUGCGUCUGGUCAACGUGGACCACUUCCACGUGGGCUGGUACCAGAGUGCGGACGUCGGCAACUUCCUGUCGCUGCCGCUGCUGGAGUCCCAGUACCACUACCAGACCAGCAUCGAGGAGUCCGUGGUGGUCAUCUACGACACGCAAAAGUCGAAACGCGGCUUCCUGACGCUGAAGGCCUACCGGCUGACGCCCCAGGCCAUCGCCAUGUACAAGGAGGGCGAGUUCACGCCGGAAGCGCUGCGCAAUCUCAAGGUCGGCUACGAGAAUCUGUUCCUGGAGGUGCCGAUCGUGAUCAAGAACUCGGCCCUGUGCAACAUCAUGAUGUCCGAGCUGGCCGAGAUGGUACCGGAGGAGGAGGGUACGCACUUCCUGGAUCUGGGCACCGCUUCUGUGCUCGAGAACCACCUGCGCUCCAUGAUGGACCGCGUUGACGAGCUGAACCAGGAAGCGAACAAGUUCAACAAGUACCAGCAAACCGUCAUCCGGCAGGAACAGGACAAGCACCGCAUGCUGGCGAAGCACGCCCAGGAGAACGCGGCCCGCAUCGCCAAGGGCGAGACCGCCAUCCCGGACGACGAGAUCACCAAGCUGUUCCGUCCGCCGACGGUGCCGCCCAGGUUGAACCCGCUGAUCGUGUCCGGCCAGAUCAACACCUACGCCAAGCACAUUUCCCAGUUCUGUUCGCAGUCGUUGGCCAAGCUGUACAUGACCCAGGCCCUGCAGGGUGCCAAGGAGAACAAGCAGUAAGAUUUUAGUUUAUUUGUGCGCGUUUUGAUUUGAACCGAACAGACCGAAGCCAGCAACUUUCGAACAGGACGAUUUUGAUGCUGUGUUUUUUGCAUCGGUGUUGGUUGAAGUGAACAUUUCCAUUUGAAAAAAAGAAGAGGACAAGCAACAAGUGAACCAGUAGACUAGAAGAAAGGGGAGAGGAGAAGAGGCGGAACGGGAAACCGUCGGAAGGAGGGUAGUAAUAAAACGGGAGCCGUCGUCCGGUUGGUUCCGAGUAACAUCCAGGGACAAACGACCGGGACGUGCUUCCACAAAACAACAAC